ACGUCGACCGACAAAUGCGGCGCAGCCUUUUAGUCUGCUCAGUCGUCCACAGCCCACAACCCGCGGAUUUACAAUCAACAAUUCAGACAGAUUCCUGCCCGGUGAUACCUUUCUUUCCCGUUUCUACAAACGUCAAACAUGGGGCGGCUCGUGUCAACCAUGGUCUAGCCGAACUCUCGGAUUUGUGAGGCAGCAGCAGCAGCCCGCCAGCACCUAGCCAGGAUGUCCAGCAGCUCGGGCUACCCCCCCACCCAGGGGUCCUUCAGCAGCGAGCAGAGCCGAUACCCACCCCACUCGGUCCAGUACACCUUCACCGGAACACGCCACCAACAGGAUUUCUCCAUCCCAGACUACCGCUCUCACAUGCAGGAUCCACAGGGCCGAAGAAGGCUGUCCUUACUCUCAGAGUUCCACCCUGGAGUCGAAAGGCCCCCAGAGAGACGGCAUGUUUACGAACCGCAGUUUCACUCUGCCGCAGCCCAGGCAGAGCUCGAGGCCCUGGAGGCCAAACGCCCUCGCAUGGAGACUGUAGCCGAGGCCCAUAUCAACCGCACCCCUCCCACCGCAGGGGGCGUUGUGCUGCCCAUGCCCCACUCUGUACAGGACAGCCUGAGAGCCACUCUGGAGGUCAAAAAGGAAUCUCCGUUCACCGUCAAAGUGGAGUCGGCGUCCCCAGGAGGAGCUACGUUGCACAUGGGGGAAGAGCAGGACACGUCUCCCUCCAAGCUGUCUAAGGAGGAGCUGAUUCAGAGCAUGGACCGCGUGGACCGAGAGAUUGCGAAAGUGGAGCAGCAGAUUUCCAAGCUGAAGAAAAAGCAGCAACAACUGGAGGAGGAAGCAGCAAAGCCAGUGGUGCCAGAAAAGCCAGUGACCCCUCCUCCGGUGGAGCACAAGCACCGCAGCAUAGUUCAGAUCAUCUAUGACGAAAACAGGAAAAAAGCUGAAGAGGCCCAUAAAAUAUUGGAAGGUCUUGGUCCCAAGGUUGAGCUGCCUCUGUACAACCAGCCGUCAGACACAAAGGUGUACCACGAUAACAUCAAAACAAACCAAGUCAUGCGGAAGAAGCUGAUUUUGUUUUUUAAGAGGAGGAACCAUGCACGUAAACAAAGGGAACAGAAGAUCUGUCAGCGCUAUGACCAGCUGAUGGAAGCGUGGGAGAAGAAGGUGGAGCGCAUGGAGAACAACCCCAGACGCAAAGCUAAGGAAAGCAGAACACGAGAAUACUAUGAACGCCAGUUUCCCGAAAUCCGCAAACAGAGAGAGCAGCAGGAGCGCUUCCAAAGAGUUGGACAAAGAGGGACGGGUCUUUCUGCAACCAUAGCGAGAAGCGAGCACGAGAUUUCUGAAAUCAUCGACGGGCUCUCUGAACAGGAGAACAACGAGAAACAGAUGAGACAGCUGUCCGUCAUCCCUCCCAUGAUGUACGACUCUGAGCAGAGGCGAGUGAAGUUCAUCAACAUGAACGGCCUGAUGGACGACCCAAUGAAGGUGUACAAAGCUCGGCAGUUCAUGAACGUUUGGACGGAACAUGAGAAGGAGAUCUUUAAGGAGAAGUUCAUGCAGCAUCCGAAGAAUUUUGGUUUGAUUGCCUCGUAUCUUGAAAGGAAGUGUGUGUCUGACUGUGUCCUGUUUUACUACUUGAACAAAAAGAACCAAAACUACAAGGCGUUGGUCAGGAGAAACUACGGCAGAAGGAGAGGAAGAAAUCAGCAAAUAACACGUCCCUCUCAAGAAGACAAGUCGGAAGAAAAGAACGAAGAGGACAAAGCUGAGAAGUCAGAGAAAAAAGAGGAGGAAGAGAAGAAGGACGAGGAAGAGAAAGAUGAAAAGGAGGAUUCUAGAGAGAUUGGCAAGGACAAAGACAAGUGUGACGGUGCGGAGGACGAGGACGGAAAGGAGCAAAACACGCCGCGUGGCAGGAAGACUGCCAACAGCCAGGGCCGCCGCAAUAGAAGGAUCACCACACGCUCCAUGGCCAAUGAGGCUGCGUCGGUCGCAGCCGAGGACACGCCUCCUCCUGCCUCUGAGCCUGCCUUGCCAGAUCCUCCACAGCUCCCUAAAUCUGAUCAAGCACAGAAGGCCAUGAAGGAGCCUGCAAAAUCCCUCACUCCAGUAGCAGCAGAUGCUAAUAAAGCUGGGGCUGCUGAAACGGGAGAAACUUCUCGCUGGACCGAGGAGGAGAUGGAAGUUGCCAAAAAAGGGCUCGUUGAACAUGGCAGAAAUUGGACAGCCAUCGCCAAAAUGGUGGGCACCAAAAGCGAGGCGCAGUGCAAGAACUUCUAUUUCAAUUACAAAAGACGCCACAACCUGGACAACCUGCUCCAGCAGCAUAAGAAGGAUACUCGCAGGGCUCGUGCUGAUACGUCUCAAGGGGAAGGCCAAGCCACGGCAUCACCUGAUGAUGACGAGGACAAUGCAGAUGACAGUGAAGGUGGUGAUAACAGCUCCGAUACAGAAAGUGCGCCUUCACCCUCUCAGCCCGAUGCCUCAAAAUCGGCAGACUUGAAGAGACCAGAGAGUACCACAGGUGAAGCUCCGUGCACAGACCAGGACAAAGGCCAGGCCAGCAACGCCAAGUCUGCAGAGCCUUCAUACGGGGAGUUUCGUGUCAAGGAAGAGAAGAGCCCAGAGAGUGAGAGUGGCUCCCAAGAAGAAAAAGUCAAACUUUCUUCUUUCCCUGGCCCUGUGCAUCCCAAAACCGAACCGCAGGAUGUGGACAUGAAGACUGGAGAGGUUCAAGUCAAGGUGGAGCCUGAGAUCAAGGAGAAGGCUGAGAAGGGAGAGCCCAGCGAACGGCAGCGGGAGCUCCACUCAGACAAUGACUCAAGCGCCACCUGCAGUGCUGAUGAAGACGUGGAAGCUGAACCUGAUCGGCAGCGAAUGUACCCUAUGGAAAAACCCUCUUUGCUCAGCCCUCCAGGAUCGGUGCUCAUGUCCUCUCCCAAACAAGCCCAACUCAGUAUCCAGCAGCUGCAGCACAGGGCAGCGUCUAUCCCUCCGAUGGUGCCAGGACCUUAUGGCCCAGGCGGCGUACCCAUCAGUGGUUUAACCAUGCUUCAACACCAGAUCAAAGCAGUGCAUGACUCGGCACACCAGGAAGAGAAGCAGCGGCAAGAUCAGGGAGACCUAGACCGUAGGCCGCCCUUUAACACCCGCAGCCCAACUAUACUGGACAGAGACGUCCUUCACCCCUCCCCCAACCAGCUGGUCCAGAGUAUGAGCGAUGGAGUCCGUUUGCCGUUCAACAGACACAGUCGACCUCCCAACAUUCCCUCACCUCCUCCACUCAUUCCAACCAACAAGCCCACAGACAAGCCCUCCUUCAUCCAAGGAGGCUCCAUCUCCCAGGGAACUCCUGGCACUUAUUUGCCCUCCCAUACCAUCUAUGGGCCAGAGGGCACGAAGAGCUCAGUGGGCUCCAUCUCUCUGGGGCUGCCUCGGCAGAUGGAUCCUAACAAGCCUGCUGGGGCUCCAGUUUCUGCCAUCCAGGACAGCCGGGGCAACCCAACAAAGGUUGGUGAAGGCCUGGCGUUCAGAGGAUCGAUCACUCAGGGCACUCCAGCUCUGUCGCAGCCUAGCAUAGCUGCUGACCUCCUGAAGGGCACAAUCACAAAGCUGGCUACAGAAGACCUGGGCAGCCCAGAUAAAGCCAGGGGGGAGCAGCUUGCUAAAGUCAUCUACGAAGGCAAGAGUGGUCACAUCCUCUCCUAUGAUGGUAUUAAGAACCCCAGGGAAAACACCAGAAGCCCCAGAACAGGUCAUGAGCUGAAACGCAGCCAUGACAUGAUGGAGGGACCCAUGGGAAGAGCACACCAUGGCAGGGAGGGGGCUCCGUUCGAGGGUACUCUUUGCCUGAUCAGUAGAGCCCUGCCUAGAGAAGGGCAUCACGGAGACUCCAAGGAAAGACCACUGAUCCCUGGAUCCAUUAUGCAUGGGACACCAAGACCCACUGCCGAUGUUUAUGAGGAUGCUGUAAAAUACGGGAAGCUGAUAAAAACAGAAAGCUCACCUAUCCGAACAUUUGAAGAGGCUAUUGGCAAAGGCAAGCCCUAUGAAGGGGUCAACACUAUAAAAGAGAGGGGACGCUCCAUUCAUGAGAUCCCCAGACAGGACCAACCUGGACAGGAAAUGUGCAAGACCCCCGACCUGCCUGACAGGAGGGUACUGGAGGGCUCCAUCGCUCAGAAUUACUCCCUGAGCCAGCCGACCAUCAAACACAACGUCAAGUCGCUGAUCACAAGCCCCAGCAAGCUUCCCCACAGCAUGCCCCAACUCGAGGCCAUGGAGCGGGCCAAGUACGAGGAGAGCAAAGCGGUGCGCCAUUCUGUAGUUAACAGCACCGCUUCCGUCCUGCGCUCCACGCACCAGGAGGCCAGCAAAUCCCAGCACAGCCCGAGCAUGUAUGAAGACAGCAGCGCUCGCCGGACGCCAGUCAACUACAGCACCAACCCCGUUUCCAGAGGCUCCCCUAUGCUGGGAAGGGCCUCUGAGGGGGGGAUGAGCUCUGCCAAAUCUGCUGCACAUGACAGAAAGAGUGCCAUGACCCCGACGCAGAGGGACAGCAUCCCAUCCAAGUCCCCCGUGUCAGUGGGCGACCCCGUCGCGUCCCACAGUCCUUUUGACCCCCACCACCGGCCCGUGGUUCCUGGAGAGGUGUAUCAAACCCACCUGCCCCCACACCUGGACCCCACCCUGGCCUUUCGCCACAGAGUUCUGGAUCCCGCGUUCAUGUUCCCCAGGCAGCCGUCGCCAACAGGCUACCACAACAACUACCAGCUUUACACCAUGGAAAACACGCGGCAGACCAUCCUCAAUGAUUAUAUCACCUCCCAGCAUAUGCAAAACAUCCCCCGGCCUGACAUGGCCAGAGGGCUAUCGCCACGGGAACAACCUGUUGCUAUCCCUUAUGCGGUCCCCCCUCGAGGGAUUAUUGAUCUAACCCAGAUGCCUCCAACUAUCCUGUUGCCUCACCAUGGGGGAACAGGUUCUCCUACUUUGGAACGCAACGUCUACCUCUCUGGAGCUCAGCCCCCUUUCCCUCCUAGGGCUUUCAACCCAGCCUCCAUAUCGCCAGGUCAUCAAGCCCACCUUGCUGCUAACGCAGAGAGAGAACGGGAGAGAGAGCAGCAGGAGAAGGACCGGGAAAAGGAAAGGGAGCAACAGAGGGAGAGGGAACGGGAAAUGAGAGAACGAGAGCGGGAGCGCACUAAUGAAUACAUGCGUGGAGGUGGCUCAGAGCAGCCCGGACGGCCAGGGAGUCGAGGUUACCUACAUUCCCCUUCACCGUCGCUCAGGACGCAGGACGUGGUUGUUCAGCAGCGGCCGAGCAUCUUCCAGGGAAAGAGUGUCAUCACCUCUCUAAUAUCGCAGCCUGUUUCGACGUCAACGUCACAGAGCAACUCGCGCUACAGCACUGCGGCUGACGCCCUGGCCGCCCUGGUGGACGCCACAGCCUUUGCUCCGCAUAUGGACGUCGGCAAGGUUAAGGAGAGCAAACACGAGCGGGACGACGAAAUGUCUUCGUCCGCAGCGCCACGGCGGGGGUCGGUCCUCUCUGACCAGCAGCAGCAGGAAGCAGAAAGGCGAUCGCUGCACUCGCCGUAUAGUUCCAUGUCCCUGCCAGGUGGAAAGCCACAUCAAGCCUACGCCGAGGGCCCUGGGGCUGCGGGUAAGGAGAAGGGUCCUCCAACAAAGUCCCGCAUCGAAGAAGAGCUUCGAACUCAUGGAAAGACGACUAUCACAGCCGCCAACUUUAUCGACGUCAUCAUCACAAGGCAGAUAGCCUCAGACAAAGAGUCACGUGAGCGAGGCUCUCAGAGCUCCGACUCUUCUAGCAGCUUGUCGUCUAAUCGGUAUGAUAACACUGCUGGAGGAGCCAUCGAGGUUAUAAGUCCUGCUAGUUCGCCAGUCCAGCCUCAGCAAGACAAAGCAGAAGAUGGACAACAGCAAGCUGCAGUUGGCAUGCGGACCUACGAGAUGGGCCGCUACCGACAGCCUGCGGAGCACCCUCAGCCCCCCUCCUCCCAGGCUGACAGCUACUCACAGGUCCCCAAAACCCACAGAGUCAUGACCUUGGCAGACCAUAUUUCGCAUAUAAUUACCCAAGACUUUGCCAGGAAUCAAGACCCCCCAGUUUCUUCAUCAGGGACCGCCACAUACCAGAGCUCCAUCCCACCGGUGUCUUCUUCAGGUCGGGUCAAAGCCCCCAGCCGCUACAGUCCUGAGAACCAGGCUCCACACCACCAGAGACCCUCCAGCAGGGUUUCUCCAGAGAACGCCUCUGACAAGUCCAGAGCCAGGCCUGGUAAGUCUCCAGAUCGAGGAGGCAGGCAGAUGGAGAACUACGAGCCCAUCUCUCCUCCACAGGGAUACCAAGGCAUGGACAAGCAGGAGGCUGGUGGGCCUCCAUCCCAGAGGCGAGACACUGACAACUCUGAGAUCAGGAGUGACUCACGGUCCCCGGGGAGUGUCGGCUACCUGCCGGCUUUCUUCACCAAGCUGGAGAGCACCUCGCCGAUGAUUAACUCCAAGAAGCAGGAAAUCUUUCGUAAGUUGAACUCCACCUCUGGUGUUGGGGAUUCUGAAGUUGGAAAUGCUCAGCCUGGGACAGAGAUUUUCAACCUCCCUGCUGUUACCACCUCCAGCAGCAUCAACCCAAGGAAUCAGUCCUUUAGUGACCCGGCCAGCAACCUGGGCCUUGAGGACAUAAUCCGCAAGGCUUUAAUGGGCAACUUGGAGGAGAGGCAGGAGGAGCACCAGGGAGGAGGAGCUGUUGUCAUGAACAAUGCAUCCAGCGCCGGCAGCGAUACCCGACAGGAGGCCAGCCCAUCUCCCAGUAUGGGGAAACAGAAGCAGAGCAAAGCCAGCAGUCGGAAAUCCAAGUCGCCUAACCUGGGUCAGGCCUACCCUGGAGGGGAGCGUCCCUCGUCGGUGUCCUCCGUCCACUCUGAGGGGGAUUAUCACAGGCAAGCCCAGCCACAGUGGACAUGGGACGAAAGACCCUCCUCCACAGGUCCCAUGCAGUUCCCUUACAACCCACUGACCAUGCGCAUGAUGAGCACGCCGCCCACGUCCAUGGCCUCUCCCUCUAUACAGAGCCAGCAGCAGCAGCAGCAGCAGCCGCCCCCCACAGCAGGGCAGCAGCGAAUGUGGCAGCAGCCUCUUUUGUCAGCGCAGUACGAGACGCUGUCUGACAGCGAUGACUGAACCCACAGCUCACUGAAAGCCCGGCUACCAGGAGAACAGCCCGCGCUCCGGCGGCUCUGUCCACGCCCCUCUCCCAGGACUAACCUCACUCUUUUUGCGAGUGAGGAGCGGAUGGGGUGGUGUCAUGUUUUUUUGUUUUGUUUUCGGUGCUAUGGCGCCCCCUGUCUGUUAGCUAGGGCGCAGCAAGCAACAGGCGGGGCUCUCCAGAACGAGACUUUUGUUUUUGCUCUGGGAGCUCUCGCCACGCCUGUUGGAGAAGUACAUGUUGACAGAGGGGACGAGAAACGGCGCGGUCAAGCUGAAGAAGUUCUUUCACGUGUAAAAAGAAGCUAUUUCUGAAUUUUGUCUGAUCCUGUAAAGAUAUACCCGGUCUUUAAGAAAAAUUUGUAUGUACAUAGAGUAACCUUUUUGCAGUGUUUUUUCUUAACUUGAUUGUUUCUUAUUUUAACGUCGCUUUUAAAUUGAUCCACUUUAAUUGGGAGAGAGCCGUGGUGUAAUCUUUAAUAGCGCUGUUGCUCUCCCAGACCCCACUCGAUUCCCACCCCAACCCCCGCUCUCCCACAAAGACUACGUCACCCGCUGAGAUCUUUCUUUACCAUUGCUUUGCCACAAGAGACCGGACCUGUGGUUAAAACUUGACCCUCUGCGGGUCCAAGAUUGUGCCACCAUCAACCAAGCACCACCAAGAGCCUGAACGGUGUGGACAAAACGGAAGCGCUUCGAACAGCGUCGGACCCUGAAGCCUGGUCUUCGUGGAGCUGAUGCAUGGACGGUAGACAGACAGCAGAGACAGCUUCUCACCCAGCUGUAACAGAGCAACAACAUCACAACGAGUUGAGAACACUGGCGUCAUAGCAGGAAGAAAAGGGGAAAAGUGUGAAAUAAGCUUGCUGGAAACGAUAUGGUUAUGACUACUCCUGGACCCUGUCUGAAUGAUGAAAGUGAGCCAAUGGGCUUUUUUUUUUUUUUUUUUUUUCUUGCUUUUUUUUCCAAUAGAGCUGACAACGCAGUGUGUGACAUCCCUGCAGUUUUACUCUCCAAGCUGGCCAGAAUAAGGUCUUGUUAAAAAAGAAACAAUGUCAGGAAAUGUGAUCUCUUUAAAUGUUUCCUUUUUCUGAGGGAUGAUUUUUGCCACGCCUUGUGAGUUAAGAGAGAAGGCAGCUUUAAAAACUAUUUUCUCAGAGAUAUAUGUUGGUGUUGUUUUUUUGUUUCUGCAAUCCCUCUUUUCUUUAUUCCCCCCCCCCCCUCUCCUGACAACAAUCUGAGCUCUGUAAAUCUGUCUCGUCAUUACACAAAAUGCAGAAACUUACCAAACGUAAAGAAUGCUCUGCACCAAUGUUGCACUUUUUUUUGUUUGCUUAGAGGCUUUGGACAACAGAAAGCAUUUUACCUGCUGUGUAACUUAAUCAACCUCCAGCCCAGGACUCUAUUGAGAUGCGCUUUAACUUUUCCCCACCACUCAAUUGAAAUUUGGAUGUUUCAGCUUCUUGUAUUUUCUUACUGCUGGUACAUUAUAUAUUUUGGUGUAAACACCUGCAUCAGUUACUUCAUUUCAGUGCAUGGUACCGUUAAAUGUCUAGGAGUUUGCUGUCAAAGUGAUUCAGAAUGUUGAUAACUUAAUAUCUGCUUUCAUUGUGUCUGUCAACAGAUAGCUUUGGAGACAGCUCCUAUAACAUCAGCAUCACGAACAGCAGUGGCUGUUCACUAAGUUAGUCGUUAUAUAACACCAACACCAUUCUCUGGCUUUGACUCUGCUCAGUUGGGAAACCCAUCCUGCUUAAAUAUUGUUUCUCUCCAUUUUUAAUUUUAACAAAAUAAUUAACAGAUUUAUUUAGUCACUUUUGCUUUUCAUCCUGCUUUUUGGGGGAUGUUGUGUGUUUACAGACGCAAUGACAAAAAAAAAAAGUUUACAAACUUGAAUCUUAAAUCCGACAUGAAGCCGAAAAAAGAAAACGAAUGAGAGCGUCUUUGUUUUUUUUUGUUUUGUUUUUUAGCUCUCUUUUAAAUACACAGUGAUGACUUUUUUUUUUUUUUUUUGUCGUUUUGAAAAAUUGAGACUUGAAAAUCCCAUGUGUCCUAUGAUGUUUAAAUGCAAUAUUUGUAUCGCACAAAUGUCUCUUAGUAGGCUAUUACAAGAGUUCAGACCAAUCGAAUAAAGUGGAUCAGUUCUCCACCACUGACAGAUUUGUAGCUUUAUAGAUGUGCCAUCUUUUCAUCCAUCUUUUAUUUCUGACUGCACACUGUCAUCCUGCUUGGUCGCCGAGGUGUACUUGCAACUGUCACUUGGGUCUUUACUGGUAAAUUACUGCAUUAAAUAAAUAAAAAAACAUGUCAUGAAUUGCAA